AGAAUCUUAGACCACAUUCCCCGCUUCUCCUUCUCCUCGCAGGUCCUCCCAGCUCAACGCAAACAUUAAGAAGCGAGCUGCUUGGCUUAACCGCUCAGCAGGACCUUUUCCUUUACUGUACGGGUUUUCCUCCCCUUUUUCUUACUUUCCGAUGAAAUAAUAUCUGACUGUGCAGCAGCAUCAACUCUCGUUAGUGUGCAAUCAAUGUUAGUGUCCUCACCAUGGCAACAGAAGACAAGAAACCAGAAACUGACACUAAGCCUCCAGUGGUUCCAUCAGCAUCUGCCAGCCAAAGCAAGUCUGCGCCUGCGAAGCCAAACUACAGCCUGAAAUUCACAUUAGCAGGACACACUAAGGCCGUGUCGUCCGUCAAGUUCAGCCCGAGCGGAGAAUGGCUCGCCAGCUCAUCUGCUGAUAAACUCAUAAAAAUCUGGGGCGCGUACGAUGGAAAGUUUGAGAAAACCAUCUCUGGACACAAGCUGGGCAUCUCUGACGUGGCGUGGUCCUCGGACUCCAACCUGCUGGUGUCGGCGUCUGACGACAAAACCCUGAAAAUCUGGGACGUCAACUCGGGAAAGUGCUUAAAAACCCUGAAGGGCCACAGCAACUACGUGUUCUGCUGCAACUUCAACCCGCAGUCCAACCUCAUCGUGUCGGGAUCGUUCGACGAGAGUGUGAGGAUAUGGGACGUGAAGACCGGGAAGUGUUUGAAAACACUGCCGGCUCACUCCGAUCCCGUCUCCGCUGUUCACUUCAACAGAGACGGCUCUCUGAUCGUGUCCAGUAGCUACGACGGACUCUGCCGAAUCUGGGACACGGCGUCGGGGCAGUGUUUAAAAACUCUCAUCGACGAUGACAACCCUCCUGUGUCGUUUGUGAAGUUUUCUCCCAAUGGGAAGUACAUCCUGGCUGCUACUCUGGAUAACACGCUGAAGCUGUGGGACUACAGCAAAGGAAAGUGCUUGAAGACGUACACAGGCCAUAAGAACGAGAAGUACUGCAUUUUUGCCAAUUUCUCUGUCACUGGAGGGAAGUGGAUUGUGUCCGGCUCUGAGGACAACAUGGUUUACAUCUGGAACCUGCAGACGAAGGAGAUCGUGCAGAAACUGCAGGGCCACACAGACGUCGUCAUUUCGACCGCCUGCCACCCGACAGAGAACAUCAUCGCAUCUGCUGCUUUAGAAAACGACAAAACCAUCAAGCUAUGGAAAAGCGACUGCUAAUUCAGUUUUUGGGAUAUUUUUGGCCUAUUCACCUUUCUAUAUAAAUAUAUGUGGGUUUUUUUCUACAUUGUGUUGCAACACAAGAGGACCAUUUUUUUUCUUUUUCUUUUUUUUUUUUUUUUAAACGGAGCUCCGGAUGGAUGCAGAGAACUGUACCUGAAGUUCAAUAAGGAGUAGCAAACCUGUCAACCACACAUCGGCUUCGCAGUGCAGAUCUUCCUCACAUCUGAAGUGCGUCACAUUUAUUCUCCUCCUUAAAGAAAACAAGUCAAUCGUGUUAAACCUUCAGCUGUUUCAGUAUUUUUGACUCUGCCUCUCUGCUUUCUAACAGCUACUGUAGAAUAAACGUAAUUGUUUCCAG